UGGGUGUUCCCUGACUUGACAUCCAGCUGCUGUUGUGUAUAAAAGGUGAAGGCAUGAGUCAUUUGCUUCAGGUACUCAGUUCAGUGGGUCACUAUAUCCCAGCUUGCCGACAGGUAACAUCAGGUCUUUGCUCCGCGAAUAUAUUUAACAAGAUGAGGAAUCUUCUUCUGGGAGUUUUUCUUGGACUUUUUGUUGUUGUCCACCCAACACCCGUCAACACUGUGACCCAGAUCCCAGUCACGUUUGAGGACGACAUUUACCAUGAUGUCAAGGCAGAGGAAUUCAUUGUUGACCCCUUCACACCUCGGAGCGUUUCAAAUGCUCAUGGCACUCCCACCACAACAGAGUUAGUGCUGGAUGGAAAAGUUGAAUCCCACCAAACACCGGUGGUCUUCCAAGAAUCCCAACAGCUGCCCUCAGAUGCCACGACUGAGAGCAGUGGUAAAUCUCAACCCACACCUCUGAGUGUGUCAGACAGCCCCACAACACAGUCUGUGAUGGACGUAUCCUCAGCCUUCCUGGUCUCUGAUCAGUUGCUAACAGAUUUCACUACAGAGGGCAGUGCUGACCCCACGUCGUCCACGAGGUUAUUUGAAGGAAGCGGAUUCUCUCCAGCUGCUUCCAGAUCUGUGAUAACGAGCACCGUCCUUUCAGACACAACCGUCCAAACACCCCAGCAGACAUUCACAGAUUUCUUCACAGAGGAAUCUACUACAGGGUUUGAGGAAGGAAGUGGACACUCUCCAACUAGAAUGGGGCUUGUGGUGGACAGUGUUGACGCUUCAACAACGACUGAGCCACCAGAAACAUUUGCAACCAUUAAAGAUGCUGUGGUGCCAAGAAACAGAAGUCGUUUGUUUCUCCAAAGACUUCCAAGUGAAGACAAUGCUGGAACGGAAAAGCAUUUAGGCAUAAAAGAACUAAUAAAUGGACCAAACUCGAAAGACGCAGGCAUGCACAAAGGACACAGCACACCAGAUUGGAUAAUCAUCGUUGCGUUUAUUGCUGCUCUUGCAGCGCUUAUAGCAGUAUGUGCAGCUAUCGCCACUAGAGACAAGUGGAAUCAUCCAAACCAGGUAUCUGAAAGCACAACUAACUGCUCAAACCAGAAGAGGGAGCUAGAGAUGCAGCCCUUCGUGCACAAAGUUGAGCCUAAGGAGAACAAGAAUAAUGGAGAUUACACGGUUAUUCCCUUGGACGACGCUCCAGAUAAUUUUUCAUCUGACUGAGGCUGUGAGACACGAGGAGUUGAAAACUGAUCAGAGGAAAGGAAAUGUACGGACCAUCGAGCACAAGUUUUCUUAUUAUUUUAUAGUGGACUUCCACAGUUUAUAGUGUUGUCUGGCAGAGAAUUAUGGUCUGUUUUGCUCACGCUGUCUUUCAAGGACUUUCAUCAAAGCAUUACCAGGAAAAUAUAAUUAUAUAAUGUAUUUUAGCUGAUAUAUUUAUUGCGACAAAAAUGACUUUUUUCAACAUAGAAAACGUUUCAGGUUCAGUAUGUUCGUCCUUUAUUUCAAGUCAAAGUGAAUGCACUUUUACUGUACAUCCAUCCAUUUUCUUUACCUGCUUUAUCCUUUCCGGGUCACGGGGGAGCUGCUGAUUAUUUCCAGUGAGAGACGGGGGGUACACACAAGUCCCCAGUCCAUCACAGGGACCCAUAGAGACCAACAUCUAUUCUCACUCUCGCUCACACCUUGGGAGAAUUUAGAGUUACCAAUUAAAAGUAGCAUGCAUGUUUUUGGUUGAUGAGAAAAUAAMAACCUGUGAAGGCCCAGUGAAAAUCCAUGCAUGCACAGGGAGAGCAUGCAAACUUCACACAAAAAGUUUGUUCACUGUAUUUUUUUAAGUGUGUGUGUUUUUUUUUCUUCCAAUGGUAUUGUGAUCUUCAKUGUAAUUUUAUUAAAAAAACUAUUUUUGUGGAUUGUAA